CACAUCACAAAGGCAUGUGUGACAUCUCGUUCACGUUACAUGUAUUGCUGUCGACGAGGUGAUUGAGUAGCGUGCUGGGCGAGAUAUCCAAAUCACCAAUGCGCGUUAUCUUCGAACGAUCGAGACGAAACUUCGACAUCAGGAACCUGGGCCCGAUUUCUAUCUGUUUUGCCCAAAUACUCUACAAUAGGAGAUGAUACAUCGAUAUGCGAUUCCGAGCCAGUAUACAAAAUAUACACACAUUCACCAAAUUCACUGCAUCCCUCGCCAGCUUGGGCCACAUCGCCUGGGUGCGGCUCGAUGACAAAGAUGUCCGCUUCACGGUGAUACCAGAGCAAGGCACCCAGGUUUGGUCGGUCCUGUCGAUCGACACCAUAUUUGAAACGUAUACGAUUCAAUCUGCCGCACCAAACAAUACCAUCAAUUUGGAAGUGCCGCUUGCUCCAUUACAAAGAGCAUUGAAAAGUGCACAAAAUGCUAUCGCUGCUAAUAUUCGACUGACCAAAAAGGACAACAUCCCGCUUUUGUCGCUGACCAUUACGACACAGAAGAUUAGUGGUACUGUAGAUGGCCAUUCUGCGGACUCGUCAGGAUCCAUUGGAACUCAAGGGACCCGAAGUGACGAUAAUGACUACAUCGAUUCACGACAGGAGCGAGAGACGAUGGUGACACAGGAUGUGCCCGUUCGUGUACUUGCACCAUCUUCAGUCGAGGGUUUGCAUGAACCAAGAUGCCGAGAGCCAGAUGUCCACAUCGUUCUGCCAAAUCUCAUGCAAUUAAAGAGUAUCAGCGAUCGCUUCACCAAGAUGGCGUUGUCAACAAAGGGGCCCGGAAGAGCGGGUCUUGGGAGUGCUGCAUCAGGACCGAAACUAGAGCUCAGCGGGAACAUGCAAGGUUGUCUUCGUCUCGGGCUUCAUACAGACGCCAUGCGAAUCAGCAGUCUUUGGACCGGAUUAGAAAAUCCUGAGUUGGAUCCAUCGCAAGUGGCUGACGGCGAAGAAGGUCUCGCGAAUCAUCCUAGCACGAGAAUGAAGGCCCUCGGUGAUCCCACUGGCCAAAGUAACGAAGGUUGGGCUACAGUUCGGGUCGAGGGUCGAGACUGGGGCAGAGUAUUGAGUGUGGGUAGAUUAGGAGGUCGCGUCAUCGCCUGCUUCUGCCAUGAUCAUGCGUUGAUCCUCUAUGUCUUCUUAAGUGGCAACGAGCCGAACGAGACAGAUUCCGUGAUCACUUACUAUAUAAGCUCGUAUGCCACCUAGGAGUGUGCUGCAAAAACGAUCUCAACAGACUGCUUGAUUCGCUGAUAGAGAAUUGACCUGGACUGAGACGAGACGACAUCCGCGUUUCGCAAAUCACAGCCGUCCACUUCCGCUUCUGCCUGCACAAGAUUGUCUCGCCAUUCGUGCUUUGGAUUGACCCGGAGCGAGAUUCGGCAUGAAAAGUGGGAGGGAGUCAUCGUGUACACCUUGCAAGUUCGAGAAUGUCUUCCUAGUCGUACAUGUGUCAGGUCAGGCCAAAUAUAGAUUGUACCUAUCUAACGAAGAAUGGCUUUUUGUAUGG